AUGAUGUUCAAUUGCUUUAGAGUAAUACUAGUAUUUUUUCUAGUUGCAUGUUUAGUAUUAUCAUGUUUUGCAUUAACAGGAUCAUGGAAAAAUGAAGAAUAUUUAACAGGAACAUUUUUAAUAAAUUUUCAUUUAAAUAGAUUAGAUUUAAGACAAAUUAUAAAUUCAUCAAUUGGUGGUAAUAAUAAAUUUAAAAGAGAAGAUAAUUUUUUUAAAUUUAAUAAAAGAGAAGAUACUGUACCAACAGGUACUACUACCACUGAUAGUCCUAUUCCAUCAAAUGCUCAAAAUUGGAUUAAUGCAGCAACAAGUUUAAUAAAUGAUCCAAAUUUAGUAUCACAAUUUGAUUCAGUUACUUCAUCAUUAGGUGUAUCCGUUCCAACAAGUGUUCCAACAGAUAAUAUAAAUGGUUAUUAUACAACUAUUUCUGCAGCAAUAGCAGAUUUAUUAAAUAAUGUAACACCACAAGAAUUAGGUAUUGCAGAUGUUUAUUCAACAAGUUAUUGGGGUUAUUGUAGAGGAUUUUUCCAAAAUAAUGGUACUUCACCAACUCAAGUAUUUGAUAAUUCAUUAGGUAGAUUUAUUGAUGAAAAUUUUGAUAAUUCAAAUGUAAAUUAUACUUGGUGUUCUCCACCUACACCUGGUUUUUUCUUUGAUCCUUUUGAAAUUAUUAAACUGGAAUUAAAUAAUACUUUACAAGGAAUAUCAUUAGAUUCUCAAUCCACGGUUAUAAAUCAAUUAUCUCAACAAUAUUUAAGUGAAAUUGAAAUUUUAAUUAAUAAUUUAACUCCUGAAGAUUUAAAUUUACCAGGAAAUUUACAAAAUGAUUUAAAAUUAUUAAAUAAUAUAACAAAAGCUUCUUUUGCUUUACUUUUGGUAACUAUUUGUUUAUCAUUUAUUGCUAUAGUUAUUCAAUUUAUGGGAUGUUGUUGUUCACCAAAUAAUUGUUGUUUAUCAGUUUUAAAUUUUAUUUUCCAAUUAUUAAUUUUUAUCAUAGCUAUUAUUAGUGCUGGUUUAGUUACAGGAGCAUUUAUAUUUGUUAGAAGAAAAGUGAAUGAUGAAAUUGGGGAUUUUGGUAUAAAAUCAUUUUUAUCAAUAAAUUUUUAUGCUUUUAUUUGGUCAGCUUCAAUGGCUGCUUUAUUAGUUGUUAUUUUCAGUUUAUUAGGUCAUUGUUGUGGAAUGUUUGGUUCUGGUAGAAGAAAAUAUAGACAAGUUUCCGCUUAUGAACAUAAAGAACCAAUGUAA